GACAAGCUGAGAUUUGUGGAGUUUGAAGCUGUACUUGCCCUGGUUGGCUGGCUGACUUGUUAUUUAUUUAUUGAGCUUAUAAAGCCCCCCAUCCCACUACAUCAAGUGUUUUAGAGGAAUGUACAGUAAAUUCUCAGUGUGGUGUAAUGGAUAAAAUGAUGGACUAUUAUUCAGGACACCUGGAUUCAAGUCCUUGCUCAGCUGUGAAAACUCAUGAGUGGGAGGUGGAACUGAUUUUUAGAGUUUCUUUGGCUGGAAGAAUGGUCCAUGUCUUUGUCUAUGGCACCCUCAAGAAAGGCCAGCCAAACUACGUACGCAUGAUCAAUGGUGCUCAUGGAACAGCCAGAUAUCUGGGCAGGGGAUUUACUGUGGAGAAAUAUCCCCUGGUGAUUGCAGGAAAAUACAACAUUCCUUAUUUACUGAACAAGCCAGGAACAGGGCACCGUGUCAGUGGAGAGAUUUAUUCCAUCGAUGACCAGAUGUUGCAAUUCCUUGAUGAGUUUGAGGGUUGCCCAGACAUGUAUCAGCGUACUCCAGUGAGAAUUGAAGUGGUGGAGUGGGAAGGUAAAAGUAGUACACCUGAGGGGAGACCAGCUGUUAACAGUAUUAUGGAAUGCUACGUGUACAGCACCACUACUUAUCAGCCUGAGUGGAUAAAUCUCCCUUACUAUGACAGCUACGAUUCCUUCGGGAAGCACGGGUGUCAAUAUGUGCUACGGGAAAGCAGAGAUUAAAACUGGAAGGCAGUUUUUUUAAAUAACAUGAAUCAAAUCUCCACCAUUUUCUAUGGAAAGGAAGCAUUAACUUUUCUGAUUUGAAUACAGUUGUUUUUAAACAUCAAUCCCAUUGGUUAUCUAAGUUCACAGCUGUAGAUCUGUUUCUACAACUUACACAGUUUCUUUUAUGCAAUCAUAAAUUAGGAUUCUGGCUACUUAUUUUGUAGUCCAAUCAGGUCUACAAAUUUUAACUUGCCCAGCCACACAUGGUAAAUAAUGGAUAAAGCGUAUUUCAUUCUCUUGCUGUAAUGCUCUGUCUAGAACAACAUUUUGUGUAUGUACAAGGCAAAGAGAAGUGUUGCUUCAUUUUUAGCACUCUGCUCGGGAGGGGAAAAAUCCACCACCUACAUGGAGUUGAGCCAGAAAAUGGGUCUGGGAAGAAGUCCAUUUAUCAUCCAGUGAGACAAAUGAAUUCACUUAAGGAAUCUGAGCAGCACAGGGAUGUCCUCAAGUCCAAUUCGGUAAGAUUCAGAAGAUAUAAAGUGGCUAAGGAUGCAACAUGAAUUUUCAAGAUCACCCACCUCUCACAAGAUACAACAUUUUUCUAAAGUGGUGAGCUGACCAUUACUGUGCAACAAGAAGGAUGGAACCUGAAGGUAGCCUAGUAGCUGUUUGGAUUGUUGUUACUGUUUUGCCAGAAAUCAUCACCACAAAAUGUAUUGUGCUACGUGCAAAGAAAGUUCUGACUAAUCCGCUGAACUGGGAGAAAGUAAAUGAAUUAUAUUAUUAUAUGCCUCACAUAAUUGAGCACAAAUGAUACAUCCCCACCACCACCUGCUUUCUCAUUCCUUUCUGGGCAGGCAAGAUUCUGUUCAUGAAUGAGUUUUAGUGUAAGUUGCCCUUUUAAAUCUGCUUCAACUUCCCAAGAAAGCAACAAAUACUGUGUAUUGCUAACUGCUGAUGUGGAGGUAAAUUCUGAAUGAAUAUGGGCUAGCCCCUCUUUCCAGUUAGAGCUCAGGAUAUUACCAUAUUUUUCCAUGUAUACGAUCUCCCAGUAUAUAAAACAACCCCCCUAAACAGCCCCCUAUAUAAAGCAACCCCCAGUAUAUAA